UCAACCACGUCUUCAGUCUCAGAGCUCAGUUAGUCAGAAGAUCUGAACCACAGGACAAGGGCUCACGAAUCAGUGUGCAGGAAAGGAGGACUGUACUAGACCCUCCCUCCCCUUUCCCCCCACCCAUUCCUCUCUACCUCCUCCUCCUCCUUCUAAAACCUUCCCGAUCUUUCAGGCUUGUGUUUUCAUCACGUUGGAAAACAAGACUCCCUUGGUUGUGUGUGCGUAUAUGCGUUUUCUCCCUCCCUCCUCUUCAGUGAGCGGCUGAGCACAGGGGCAAAAAAAAGGAAAGAGCGGUUUCAGCACCUUGGACAGAGCGCGCAGCAAGCAACAUGGCUCCGAUUGCAGCCAGCCGGGAAGAAUUUGAUGAAAUUCCAACUGUGGUUGGAAUCUUCAGCGCCUUUGGGCUGGUCUUCACUGUCUCCCUCUUUGCUUGGAUCUGCUGCCAACGCAAAUCUUCCAAAUCAAAUAAGACCCCGCCUUACAAAUUUGUUCAUGUGCUGAAGGGCGUCGACAUCUAUCCUGAGAACCUCAACAGCAAAAAGAAGUUUGGGGCAGAGGACAAGGAAGAAGGCAAGAGCAAACCGGUUAUGCCAAAGACCUCUCUCCACCUUGACCUGGAGAAACGAGAUCUGAACGGCAAUUUCCCCAAAACAACCCCCAAAAUACCAAACUCCUCAGAUCUCGAGAACUUCACUCCAAAGCUCUUUCCUGAGAGGGAAAAAGAUUCUGUCUCCCCUGAUAGCCUGAAGUCUGUUACUUCCAUAUCUUCUGAAGAGAAGCAAGAUAAAUUAGGGACUCUCUUCUUCUCCAUUGAGUAUAACUUUGAGAAGAAGGCUUUCAUGGUGAACAUCAAGGAAGCACGUGGCUUGCCUGCCAUGGAUGAACAGUCAAUGACUUCUGAUCCAUACAUCAAAAUGACGAUACUGCCGGAGAAGAAGCACAAGGUGAAAACUCGAGUACUGAGAAAAACAUUAGACCCAGCUUUUGACGAAACCUUCACCUUCUAUGGAAUCCCUUAUACUCAAGUCCAAGAUCUGAGCCUUCACUUUAUGAUCCUAAGUUUUGACCGAUUUUCCCGAGAUGACAUCAUUGGAGAAGUUCUCUUUCCUCUGUCCGGGAUUGAGUUGUCUGAAGGAAGGAUGCUGAUGAACAAGGAGAUCAUCAAAAAGAAUGUUAGGAAGUCCUCCGGACGUGGCGAGCUGCUGAUUUCUCUCUGUUACCAGUCUACAACAAAUACUCUCACGGUGGUUGUUUUAAAGGCCAGACACUUACCCAAAGCUGAUGUUUCUGGAUUAUCAGACCCCUAUGUGAAAGUGAACCUAUAUCACGCCAAGAAAAGGAUCUCCAAAAAGAAAACCCACGUCAAGAAGUGCACCCCCAAUGCAGUGUUCAAUGAACUUUUUGUCUUUGAUAUUCCUUGCGAGGGUCUCGAAGAGAUCAGCAUCGAAUUCUUGGUUUUGGAUUCAGAUAGGGGAUCCCGGAAUGAAAUCAUUGGCCGGUUAACCUUGGGGGCUUCGGCAGAAGGAACCGCAGGAGAACACUGGAAGGAAAUCUGUGAAUAUCCUAGGAGACAAAUUGCCAAAUGGCACAUGUUGUGUGAUGGCUAACAGCGGAAACAAGAGGUUGGAACUUUUAAACAAAAAUUCCAUAGGCAAGGAUCAGUUUUCUUUCUUUGCAAUGUAUAAUCACAGGCUUGUGACAUUUUUUAAAAGGACAUUUUUUUGUUAUUGUAAUUAGGACUGAAAUGAAUUAUCAAAACAGAAGGUAACUAACUUUUCUCAUUCAGUUCAGGCUCUCUCUCUUUUCUUUUGCAAGCUAUACAGAAAGUGACAUAAUAUCAUCAGAGGUUCAUAUUCUACUGGAGUUUACACAGCUAUAGAGACACAAAAUGCUGUAAACACAAUUAAGAAGUCUUGUUUUUUAUUAUUAAAGUACCAGGAACCCUAGAUUACUGCUGUCACCCAGAUGAAGAUAAUCUCAUUAAUAUGUGUUGCUAAGUCUAGAAGCACCUGCAUUUUGUAAAAGUUUAAAAUAAAAAUCUGGAGAAAUGGAGUGUAUGGGGAGGGCAAUCCCUUCAGCAUUGUAAUGUGUCACAAAAAUUAUUUUAUGGAAACUCAACCACUUUUCAUAAGGUUGAGUAUUUAUACUUUGAGCAAUCCAAAAACUAAAGAGAUUUUUGUCAAGCCACACUGCAUAGCUAUGGUCCACUUUGUUAAUUAACCCGUGAGAUAUAGUUUAGAUUUCAAAGAGAGAAAGAGAGAGGUUGGUUCCAUUAGCUUACAUUCAAAUACUCUGUAAGUAUCCCCAAAAUAACUCACUUUGUUUAAUAAAGGGCUUAGACACUGAUGUAGGAGAGUGUAAAUUUUACAGUAUGGUUAGGAUUUGUGCUUCAAGUAUAGCCUGUGGUGGGAUUUCUUUAAGUUUUUGGCCAAAAAAACCCCAACAACAUUGAAAAUUUAUAACCAAUUGAAAAUACUGUAGAGUGUUAUAUCUUUCACCUGGUGUAUUUUGAAACAAUUACUGUUUGAACUGAAACUUAUCCCUUAUAUGUUUCUGUUUGAUUAUUCUAAAAAUAAAAUUGAAAAUCCUAUAAAAAAUUUAAAAAGAGAGGAGAUAAGUACAAAGCACUGAUCCUGCAAAAAAAUAAUAAUCCAUUCUAAGUGGGUAAAGAUUUAAAAGUGGGUUUUAGCAGAAUCAGGCUCUGGAGCAAGCUUUAUACCUCAUGCUGACUAAUGUGUAAAUGAGCUGUUUGACCAUAGAACUCACUUAAUUAGCUGUCAUUCAUGCCACUGGGCAACUGGGUAGAACUCUGGAGGGUGGGUGGGUAAUAUUAGGAUCAUAACAUGAUGGUAUGCAUGUGAUAAUAGGAUCAGGAUUUUUUCCCAGAUUAGGAGGAUGAAGUGUAAUUUAAGACCAGACCAGCCCAACUUGUGACCUGCCAAGCCAAACCCAGGUAUGUGAAGUAUCCUGCUAACUACUUGCUUGAGGACCUGCCAGGGAAAAAAUGCAUUCUCAGGUCACUAUUAAAAGCAGCAUUGCUGAGCCCCUAGUGGGCUGGUUUACAUAGUUUGCAGGUUACAUUCUACUUGGUCGAUUGCAAAUUGUGCUGGCCCCUCACAAAGGAAACAAAGGCACACCCCCCCAUUGAAAUCCUGUGAAACUUAUUCAUGUGUUUACACUAGAAACCAUUUUUUUAAAUCUGUCAGAUUAGCACAAUUGUAGUAGUAGAGUUUCUUAUCCUGUCCUCUUUGGGUAGAUACUUGAGAUACAGGAGUAUCCUUUCUGUAGAUAUUAUGGUUCUGCAGUGGGGUGGGGUGGGUUUGGAUGCUACUGAAGGAGAUUCUCCAGAAUCAUAUUUGCCUUUGUGUGAGUUUUUUUUUUAUAAAGUCCCAUUGAGAAAUGUAUGUGAAGAACACAGUGAUACAUACUCAUUGCUUUGGAUGUUCCUAGGUUGAUCCUGCAAGCAGGAAUCAUCAAGGAUCUAAUAUCCUUAUUAUGGGAUCCUUCCUGCAAGCACAAUGCGGAUAAUCCAGCCUGAUAUAGCAUUUUCCAGGCAUGUGUCUCUACGGAAAUCAUUCUCAAUGGGCUGCAGUGGAGGCAAAGGUUAUGUGGAAAGUUAAGGAUGAGAGUCUUACUUUGUUGAAAGGGUUACAGGUUCAUUCCCUUGCUGUAAUUGUGCCCCAAUGCUUUGUUUGGAGAACAGGAUUGUGACAAUUGUUAAAGUGUUGGAAAGGACAACAUGUUGCAAAGCUACUUUAUCAUACCUCUGUAGUGUACUGAAGCAGCAUGUUUCUAAACUAGAUCUAGUGAUCUGUUUCAGAUGUGUGUAUUUUGAUCCACUGUUCAUAAAUACUGAGGUCUUUGGGAGUUUCAAGCCAAUCCUAGUCCUAACCCUAUGUCUGAGUUAUACCCAGGAGUAGAACAUUUGGAAUUAAUGGACCAAAGAUAAUCAUGCCUAUCACUGGAUGGGCCUAAUGAUGGAUUGUUUAUCUAACUAACUAUGACUAACACUCAGUACAACCCCCAGUAAUAACCAAAGGGUCCAAUAUUAUAGGUUGGGAAAAGUCAAGGCAAAAAGACAUGUCUUUAUAAGAUAUCUGAAGCAACUGCUGGAUAAUAGACAGUAGGGCUUUCCAGAGUGCAAGGGUGGUGACAGAAAAUGCCUCUUUUGAGGUCACUGUCCUGUGAUAUUCUGUAAAGUGCCAAUGAUCUAAGUGAUCUUACAGGUCUGUACAAGGACAGGUAGCCUUUCAUGUGACUUGAUGCAAAUGUUUUAUAUAAGUGUAGCACUCUCAUUGACCUUAGUGGGACUUAACUGACUGAAAUCCAAGUACUUUGGUAUUACUGAAUUGUGGAUCAGAACCAUCAUUCCUAAAAGCAUAGGAAAGGGGAGAAGGAUGAGACCCAUGGUGGAUUAACAGUGGAAUUGGGUUUCUUCUAGCUGACACUGCUAGAGGUUUGUGUGGUUGCUUUUUUCUUCUUCUUUUUUAACCAGAGCCAUAAUUUGGCCAGAACAGGAUGAGACUGGAAUGUGAAAUAUGCAACAAAUAUUACUGAAAGAAUUCCAUUUGGGGUCUUUCAGGUUUUUGUGUUGGUAAUUUAUCCAGGUUUUUGAAUGAUGUGUUUGAUAUAAUGGUGUUUAUAUAAGGUCUAAGGCAUUUUCACAACAUGCUUUUUAUGAAAAUGCUCUAUGUACAAAGAAUAAUAGUAAUGCAACUUGUGUGUAUAAAAAUUUCAAAUCUAUUUUGUUUUGUUCAGGCUAUUUGUAGGCCAAAAUCAGUCCAGGCUUGAAAUCCUCAGAAUGUUUACUCCAAGGUAGUCCCAGUGAAAUUAUGAAUCACUUCUAAAGCUCUAUGAAGUCAACAGAGAUACCCCAGAAGGCCUUGAUGAGCUUUAGAGGAAAGAUGUUUGUUAAUCCAUGAUCAGUCCAGUGAUCUGAAUAGUCAAAAUAGGCAAGUAAUGUUCACUUGGACAGCAGAUGUACUAAGAAUUUAGGAGGGAAAGAGCAUGUGAUCAAAUCUUAAUCAAAAGCUAGGUAUUCUACAUUCAUGUUGGACAGAAUGUUGCCAUCAAGGCCACAUGUUGAAAGGUCUAUGAGCUUGACAUUUCAUUGGGACUGAUUUAAGAUAAUAUUUGAAUAAUACUUGGCUAGCCUAGUGGUUUUCAGAUGGAAUGCUGGGUUCCUUGUAGGUUCAUCUAAGUUUCCCAGUGAUAAGUCUUGCAUUGGAGGAGAAACCUUCCUUAAAGUUCUCUACCAUCAAUGGUCUUCUCUUACAAUGGGUUAUAUCCAACACUAGUCGUGCUCAGAGUAGACCCAUUGGAAUGGAUGUACAUUACUAACUGGGGUCCAUUAAUUUCAGUGGGUCUGCUCUGAAUAUGGCUAAUGUUGUCUCGAAAGCACUGCACGGGGAAACAUUCAAACUUCUUGUGUAGCUAUGGUUAGAUCUAGAGGUCUGCGCAGCAACUCAUGCAAACUGGGUAUGAGACUUAGAGGGUUUCCCAGAAAGUGUUGCAGCAUGCAAUAGGUAAUGCAGAAAAAACUUAUUGGAGCUAGAAAGUUUGAAAAUAUGUGUUCUAAGCCCUAGCUAACACAAUAGACCUAGUUAUCUUGUUUGAUGAUAGGCUUUAGCCACCAGCCCUAGUGGCCAAAUAACUCUUAAUAUGCCUUCUUUACUUUGUUUCUGAAUAAAACCUAGGGUUGUGACAAUCUGUCAUUUUGCCACCCAGUGGUUAAUAUCUGCUUUAAGUGGCCUGAGGGGUAGUUUUCCUACUGGUGGGAUAAGAGCUAUCCCAGUAGGGAGACCAGUUCUUUUUACACUGGGCAAAUUGUAUAUAGGGUCCCCUUUUUUAGCUCUUAAGAAACGUUUGUCUUGCAAAGUCCAGUUGUUAACCCAGAUGGGACUGAAAUACAUGUGACCAUGCCUUUAAGAAAUGGGGGAAAAAUCUGUUUUAUAAAGUAUUUGGUUCUUAAUGUGAAUAUCUUGAAAUCUGUUAAGGAUAAUGUCCUGUAUUAAACAUGUAAAAUAAUGUUUGUCUAAGUAGCUAACAACAACAACUUCUACUACUAAUACAAUGAAGCAAAAUAUUACCCUGAAUGGGAGGUUAUUCAUGUUUGGAGAUCUGUUGUAACUCAAUAACCAAUUUGUUAAUGAUGUUGUACAUUCAAUAGAAGUUCUUUGGGAGGAAGCAUGGAUGUUGGAGGAUUUGUAUGUCUUUUUUGUGCCAGAUCUGUAUGUUGUGCCAUGUAUGUAAGACAAGAAUAAACUGCUACUUUCAUUCA